AUGGAGGCCCUGGCCAUGCCAACACAAGGUUGUCGGUUACGCAGAGAGGCAUUGUUGAGUGCCGCAUGCCUCCCUCUGCCCACAUUCGGUGAUGACCACUUGGAGACUUCUGUGCAUUAUUCCCCUUACCGGGUUAGACGACAGCUUGGGUUUGACCAAGGUGUGCCCUCUCGUCCCAACCAUGGAGAUUCCUUGAGCUUGCACAGGGUUUUCUGGACUGGUGACAGCGUGCCGGGAGACGGCAGGCCUCUUGCCCUUGCUCUGGCCAGCCGGAAGCGCGUUGGUGGUCUCUCAAAGGCCUACCAAAAUUAUUGGAACCGCUGCUUUGCCUCGUUCAGCCGAUUCCAUGCUGCCCAUUGUGAUAGCUUGAUUCCCACCGUCAUUCAUCAUGCCCGUUUAGUGUCGGAAGAGAAAGCCAUUUCCUUGAGCGAGAAGCGAAAUCUGCCCUUUAUCUCCAAGAGUGGAGAAAUUGUUGGUGAUUUUUCGAAGCUAAAGCGGAAGUUGGAAAAGUCGGGUUCUCAUAGUGCCGGGAAGAGUGUUGCACAUGGGAAACGGAAGCGUGAGGAAAGCUGCAGCGCCGAGAAAAGGCAAGCUGUGAAAGAACCGAAAAGGUUCAUCCCCAAGGUAGCGGCAGGUGGUCCUCCCAGCUCAAGAAAGGUUGCCUUGCCCGAGUCCUUACAGCAGCAGCCUACAGCUUCCGGCAGCAGCGAGCGAGCAGCUCUAAAGCUUCAUCUCCUCACAGUAAGUACUUCCCAAAGUAAAGGCAAGGGUAAGGGGUUUUCCGUGACCCCGAAACGUCGAAGCAUGCGUAUUCUUGAAACGCGGUUUGCUAAUACCCGAAAGAAUAAGGGUGAAGACUCGGGACCCAAAGUAGUGGUGACGGUUGAUGAUAACAGUGAUGAUGAUAGUGAUGGCGAUGGCGCUGCGGGAACUGAGGCUAACAUUCAUGAGCAAGAGAGUGCUCGCGAUACGAGUGGCAUGGACGAGGACUUUGAUGAAGGCCAAUACGAUAGUCACGACGAAGACACCUAUCCGGCUUUCGGCACUAGCUUGGGGGAGUUCGAUGACUCAGAUACGACUCCCUGCUUUGACUGGCGAUCAUGGACAGCGUGUCGAUAUUGA